GUUGUUAACCAACAAACUCUCUGCAGCCUAAGGGGUAACCACUCCCCAUUCACUACCUUUAUAGUGUGUUCCUGUGAAUUUCUUUGUGUGAGAGCCUUUCUAGCAAGAUUGAAGUUGCAGUUGGCCUUUGACAACUUAACUUCGAGGUCUUUGAUUGCAUAAUGAAAUAUUGUUGUUCUCCUUGUCAGAAUCAAGGCGCAGCCACCGCAACUCUUGUACUUGAGCAAGGUGGGCUGCCUGGGCUUGCGAGUGCUGUCUUCUGCAGCGAGGCAUCAAAGGCUAGCUCGGGCUUGAAGUUGACAGGAAGAUAUGCAUUACGCAGGUUCUCAAGGCCCACAGAGUUUGUAAGGACUAUCCAGGAGAGUCGAGGCAAUCAGUGCCUGCACGUUAGCAAACACACUUGUGGCAGCACAAUGCGCCAAUUUAACUGCCAUCCCUUCAUAUU